AUGUUUGCGAAGUAUGACAUCAAGACGACCUGGUUCAUUCCCGGCCACUCGCUCGAGACUUUCCCCGAAGACAUGGCCGCAGUACGGGAUGCAGGACACGAGAUUGGACUGCAUGGCUACUCUCACGAAAACCCGACCGAUAUGAGCAUCGAGCAGCAGCGCGAUGUCCUCGACAAGACCUAUCGCAUGCUGACCGAGUUUGCGGGCAAGCCACCGCGAGGCAGUGUUGCACCGUGGUGGGAGACCAGCAAGGAAGGUGCACAGCUACUGCUCGACUAUGGUAUUGAGUACGACCACAGUAUGAGUCACGAGGACUGCCAGGCAUACUAUCUCCGAACAGGUGACAGUUGGACCAAGAUCGACUACAAAGCCAAGGCUGAGACUUGGAUGAAGCCGUUGGAGCAUGGUCCGCAGACUGGGCUAGUUGAGAUUCCCUCGAACUGGUAUAUCGAUGACCUGCCACCGAUGAUGUUCAUCAAGAAAGCACCCAACAGUCACGGCUUUGUCAAUCCGCGCGACGUGGAGGACAUUUGGCGUGAUCAUUUCGAUUACUUCUAUCGCGAGUACGAUGAGUUCAUUUUUCCUAUCACAAUCCACCCUGACGUUUCGGGAAGACCUCAUGUGCUUUUGAUGCACGAACGGUACGUAGGCCAUCAAAUAUGGGUCGUCUUACAAUCACUAAUUAUUAUCAGCCUGAUCGAGCACUUCAAGAAACAUGAAGGUGUUGAGUUUGUGACGAUGGAGCAGGUGUGCGAUGAUUUCAAAAAGAAGAACGCACCUCCACCCGGUGCUUUGAUGCCCGCCCCAGCUGGAGCGAUGCUCACUAAGUGA